AUGCCGCCCCGGUUGUGGUGGCUGGUGCUCUGGAUGGCUCCUCUGGUCACGCUGCCCGCGGGCGCGGUGCAGGAGGAGGAGGCGGCGAUGUCAGUUCCAAGAUGUAAAUCUAUGAAGGAAACAGACUUAAUGAAGACGUCCGUGUCAGACUGUUACUGCUACAAUCAAAACUUACAGAUAGAGUGGAUGCAUGUGUGGUCAACUGUGCAGGUAACAGUUUCCAGUCCAGGCCUGCUCAACAUAGUAUAUAUCACAGGAAGUCACAAGUGCCAGCACCCAGAAACUGUCCUAUCGUUUAUCAGAUGUGUGAUUCAUAACUUUUGGGCACCAGAGGAGUCUAAUGAAACGACCAUAGUCUUCAGCCCAUAUGGGGAAACUGUAUGCUUCUCUGUAAAGCCUGUUGGGAGGAUAUUUACCUACGUAGUAAGCGUGAAUAGAAAAGCUGUGGAUUUCAAACUCUUCCUUGUGUUUGUGACGGGCAUUUUUCUUUUCAUUUAUGCCAAGACCUUGAGCCAAAGCUCUGUUUUCUAUUACUCUUCGGGUACCGUGUUAGGGGUUGUAAUGACACCGGUCUUUGUCCUUCUGAUGACUAAGAGACACGUUCCAAAGUAUAGCACGUUUGGGGCGCUAAUGGUUGGUUGUUGGUUUGCUUCAGUUUAUGUUUUGUGCCAGCUGAUGGAAGACCUGAAGCGGCUGUGGUGUGAAAACAGAAUGUAUGUAUUAGGCUACGUCUUGGUUGUCGGACUCUUCAGCUUUGCCGCCUGUUACAGUCACGGGCCUCUCACUGAUGACAGGAGCAGAGGCCUUCUGAUGUGGACACUGCGGUUGCUCUCCCUGGCUCUGGUCUACAGUGGUGUGGCCGUGCCUCAGUUUGCCUGUGCUGCUGCGACACUCCUCCUGCUCUCCAGGGGUAGGCACUAUCCACUCAGAGCACUCGGCUAUCUGAGGCGGAAGAUGAGGCCAUGGUUCACCACAGAGCUGCUGGUGCUGAGGUAUCUCAGUGAUGAUGAGUACAGGGAGCAAACUGAGGCCGAAACAGCCCGCGCCCUCGAGGAACUGCGCCGCGCCUGCUGCAGGCCCGACUUCCCUUCCUGGCUGGCUGUCUCCAGACUCCAGGCUCCUCAAAAGUUUGCAGCCUUUGUUCUCGGAGCCAGCCACUUGUCACCAGAGGAAGUCAGCACACAUGAGAAGCAGUAUGGCCUUGGGGGUGCCUUCUUAGAAGAGCAGCUCUUUAGCCUGCAGACUGAUGGUCUACCUGCAAGUUGACUUCGUUCUGAACAGCAAAGUGGGCAAAAGGCAAAGGCCCUAUUACAGCUGAGCAGAACCUGCCUGGUGGGGAGAGAGCAUGCGCUGCAGAGAAAA